UCGACAAUCAACGCCCUAUCGACACAAUGGGUCAGGUUUCGUUCGAGGGGAAGAACCCCGAGUCUCACUACCCCGAGUCAAGGGUGCUUAUCAUCAUGACAGGCGGUACAAUAUGCAUGCAACCGUCUGCAGAUGGUCUGGUUCCCAUGACGGGCUUCUUGAAGAACGCUAUGGCUCCUCGCCCUUCGUUCAAUGAUCCUACCGCUCCGAAUGUUCAGCUUCGGGCAUACAAGAACGGGGCUAAAUUGACGUUGGACAGCCUGAGAACACCAGUCAGCGCGUAUUCUCGUCAUAUCCGUUAUGGCAUCCUUGAGUUUACCCCCCUGCUCGACUCGAGUUCCAUUUCUUCCAUGGGAUGGACCGAGAUCGCGCUUACCAUCAAGGAGAACUACCACAUGUUCGACGGCUUCGUGGUGUUGCAUGGAACCGAUUCCCUAGCAUAUACGGCCUCGGCCCUUUCUUUCAUGAUGUCGGAUCUCGGGAAGCCGGUCAUCCUUACAGGGUCGCAAGCCUCCAUCUUUGCUCUCCAGUCUGAUGCAGUUGACAACCUUCUUGGCUCGCUCAUCAUCGCGGGAACCUUCGUUAUCCCCGAAGUCUGCCUAUUCUUCCACCACACCUUGUACCGCGGCAACAGGACGACCAAGGUAUCGGCUUCCUCUUUCGAGGCAUUCGACAGCCCUAACUGCGAUCCGCUGGCCAAGGUCACAAGUCUAGGAGUGGAUGUUAAUUGGGGGCUGAUUCGACGGCCCACUCAAAUUGCCGAAUUUCAAGUGACAAAAUAUCUCGACACCGCACAUGUGGCCUGUUUACGUAUCUUCCCCGGAAUCAAGCCUGAGAUGAUCGAAUCCGUUCUAAAAGUCCCAGACCUCCGUGGUUUGAUCCUCGAGACGUUCGGCAUGGGCAAUGCACCGGGCGGCGUUGAUGGCAGUCUGACCAAGGUCAUCAAGGAAGCCAUUGACCGUGGAACUGUCAUUGUCAACGUGAGCCAAUGCACAAAUGGCUUCGUCUCGCCACUCUAUGCCCCCGGAACCGUACUGGGAAGAGCCGGCGUGGUAUUUGGCCAUGAUCUGACUACCGAAGCGGCUCUGACGAAGCUAUCCUAUCUCCUGGCUCUGCCAAACCUUACCUACUCUGAGAUUACAGCACGGAUGUCGCAAUCGCUACGUGGGGAGAUGACAGAAAUGGCAACGCCCUCUUUCUCGCAUCCCGCAGGGAGCAUCGAUUCGGCUAUGGCAUGGCUGCCUGCUGCAGACACCGCUUUCACGGCUCUUGGCUACGCCAUCCGCAACGGGGAUCUACGGACUGUUCGCGAAAUCCUUGAGGGUGACGAGUUCAACCAUCAGCUCCUCAAGAGGGCUGAUUACGUCGGCAACACCCCUGUGCAUCUUGCCGCGGUUGGGCCCAAUCCAGAUGUUCUUCACGAGUUGCUGCUUCGUGGUGCUAGUGUACAUCCACGUAACUAUGCAAACCACACACCUCUUUAUCUUGCAGAAAAGAUGGGUAACGUGGAGAAUGUGAAAUUGCUGAAGGAGGCUGGGGCGCACUUGUGGAGGACAGAGCCGCAUUCAGGCAAUGUAUCCGAAGCAGGGGACCUAGCGAGUACGACAGACGUUGCUUCAGUUGGUGCCGCAGACGAUGAGAAGGAGGUGAAAGAUGUUGCUGAACACAGGUCCAACGAAAAGGAGCAGAAGACAAGUGACCAGGUGGCAGACACGGUGUCUCCUCGGCAUGGAUUGGAUAAAAGUCAUCUGGUUACAGACGAAUCCUUGGUCCACGGUCUGAAGAAAGAGGAUAUUGGCAAGUUUGUCAAUUAGACCUGGGCGUACCUUGGGCUGGGGAAACGGAAACAAAGGGAUAUGCGGGAUGGGAGAGGAAAACAUAGGGAACAGCAAAUAUAUUUUCUAGAAGACCGUCUAACACAAGUUGACGUGUUCAACGCCAGCCAGGGACACUGUAUACCCGUGUGCCCUUGCACCAUUGAGCAUGCUGUUGGGAAGUCCAGAAUCAAUCACCCGUUGACAUCACUUCUUUAUCGCCGAGUUUCCCUUUCUGUAGAUCACUGUAAGAUAAUUCUGGGUCAUCAAAAACACAUGAAUUAUUUUGCUGGAGAAACAGCGGGGAAUACGAAAACGAAGUUGAUCU